GUUUUUUCGAUAUCAUCCAAAUCUCAAUUAAACUUCUUAGCUUGGCUAUUCGAUCUUCUAUUAUCUAGUGUGAAAAUUUAUAAAAUAUAUCUAACCACCCAAUGAUAUCUGCAUUUUGGAAUGAGUUCUCAGGACGAUAUAGAAAUGGAUAAAGAUUCUAUUCUUCUGUUUGGAAUUACUGCUUGCGCUCUUGGGCUUAGCCUAUUUAUUUUUUGGGGUCCUAAACUAAGCAGGAGAGGCAGUUACAAUAGUAAACUGAUCGGCUUACAGAACCUGGGCCUAACAUGCUUUCUUAAUUCACUUCUUCAAGCACUUGCAGCGUGCCCAUCAUUGCUUGACUGGCUUGAACCCUGUCAAGGAAAUGGUUAUGUGUCUAGUUCUCUUUAUACCAUCCUAAGAGUUCUGUGCUAUGAGAGACAGCCUGAUGAUGGAACCGAAGCAGUUAUCUCACCCGAAGAUCUGAUUUAUGGUCUUCGGAGAAAGAACUAUUGGUCAUCGUUGCAGGAGCAGGACCCUCAUGAAUUGUUUCUUCACUUGAUUUCAGCGGUGGAAGAGGAGGAGCAGAAAGCUAAACCACAGUCCUCAUCAGGAAGGAGUACGGAAACUAAGGUGAUCAAGAGGUCUAACUCUCUGCUGGAUGCAUUAGAUCUAGAUGAUCGGACAGUUAAGAAUGGCCGAGACCCAGAAGAGCAGUGCCAAGGAGACGCCCCUCAAGUAAUUAGUAGAAGCAUACAACAACCACUGUCCUCUAGUCGCCUUGUCAGUCCAUUCCGAGGUUAUUUAGCUAGCCAGCUGUGCUGUCUUCGCUGCGGUCAAAAAUCAGCCGUAGUGUACGACAAGUUCGAUACACUCUCUCUGGCGUUGCCAGCACAGUCAUUGCAUAGCACCUACGGGCUUGGACGGCUCCUAAGUGAUUUCGUCAGAGCUGAGUUGGUCGAUGGAUUUAGCUGUGAUGGAUGCUCAGCUGAGCAUGGGCCAUCACAAGCUUCCAAAGCCAUCAAAAUUGGAAAGUUGCCAAAAUGCCUUUGUUUUCACAUCUGUCGGACAGUGAUCGAUUCUGGAGGUUAUAUUUACAAGAGAGAAAAUACAGUAGUUUUCCCAGAACACUUGUCCAUGACUGAAUACACUCAUACGUCACACAUGAUAAACGAGAAAAAGAAACUGAAGCUGAAGGGAGGAGAUGCUGAGAUGGGUGCAGCGGUAAGGAAUGGGAGCUUAGUCGAUGAGAACAGUAUUGCAGCUGCCCUCAAUAACAACUUCUCUCUACCAGUCAUGAAGGGUCCAAUAUACCAGCUGAAGGCUGUUGUGGAGCACCGUGGCACCGUAGAGAGCGGCCACUUUGUGACUUAUCGAAGAGGUCCUCUGGAGCAUGGUGAUAGCUCACCUACAGAUACUCAUCAUCAGUCCAGGUGGUACUAUACAUCAGAUAAUAUUGUAAAGAAAUCCAGUCUAAAUGAAGUACUUACUGCAUCUGCUUACUUGCUCUUUUACGAGAAGACUGUGUUCCCAGCUUUAUAGUAUUGUUUCAAUUAUAUCUUGAAAUGUUAACUUUAUUUUAUACUUUUCCCCAUCAUAAUUUCCUCCUUUCGGCUCACUAAUUGUUCAGAGUCGGAUUUAUGCCGGUCGGAUGGAGGAGAGGAAACGGUUCUGUUUUUUAUAUUAACACAGAUGGUGCAUUUAUUGUAUUUAGAGUAUUAUGUAUAUAUGUAUUGUAUAAUAAUUUAUGUUAGUUUAAUGAAGUGGUAAAGGUUACAACAGUUUUAGUGACUAAAUACCGAUAAUGUAUGGUUGUGUGUAAACAAUAUACAUAAGUUGUAUCUUUACAUUUAAUAAAUAUAUUUGUAAAUCUUUUACCUUUAGACGAGGUGCAUUAUAGUUUUACACCAAAGUUUGAUUUGAUCAAGUUCUUUACUAUAAUUGAGCAUGAUAGAUCAGCGUUACCAUUGUUUGGUAAAAUGAAGUUACUGGUCAGUGUAGCAUUGUUUUAUGACAAAGCUCUCAUAGAGGCAAAUAAAACAAUAACCAUGAUAGAAAACUAUCUAGCUGUAUUAUAACUUUGUAAUAAUUGUGUUGUACUCUAUAAUAAUUUGUUUGUUGAAGAGUGUUCUUCGUCAUAAUGACUUGACAUAUUACAAAGUUCAAUAUUAAGUACAGAACAGAUCAAGAUGAGAUAAAAAAAAUAUAUAUAAAUGAUGUAAUAUGAAUAAAAAAAAUGAAUAAUGAUGCUGUUAUUAAAAAACAUCACAAAAUAUAUUUCAAUAUUUUAAAAUACAACCCUUUUAAAGCAAUGAAAUUACAUUAUUGUAUCUCACUUAUCAUGUUUACCUUAAUUUUCCUUUCUAGAUUUCACUUAUUAUUAAAACUAUCAUACUCUUAAGAAUCAAAUCCAUUCUACCUAACCACCACAACUUCAGAUAUAUUUU